UAAUUUAGGUGGAUUGCCACAUUUUAAAUAGGAUAUAAAAUUCAGAGCUGACAGUUUAAUUAUGAGGCAACAGAGUGAAAAACUCUUGGCACCUCAUCCCAAUUCCAAAUUAAAUACAAACUUGCCACAAUUAGUACUCCAAUUCUUCUGUGUUAGUAUAAAGAUGUGCAUUACGAUUAUUUUGUGUUGCCUUGGAGUAAUUGAAGGCUUUUAUAUACCUGUUAAAACAACGGAAAAUCCAAUUCAUCAUAAUGCUUCCGAAACACAACACGCUGUGUGUAACAUUGUUUCCAAUGAAAUUGUAGCCUCUGCUAAUGCCACAAUUACAAGGGAACUAAAAGGUGUUUGUACGUCAAGUCAACUAAUUAUUUUUAUGAAUCAAUUACAAACUAAAAUUCAAAAAGGAUUUGACGAAUUGAGAAACAUUUUUGAAUACAACGGUUACAAAAUUCCAUUUAAAUUGAACGAUUAUGACUAUUUCGAAAAUUCCAAUGAUGUUUCGAAAGAGACUAAAAGUUUACAUAACUCGGAAGUUAUUUCGCUAUUUGAAGAAAUAGAAAAGUUUAACGAUACUGUUUCCAAAACAUCAACAGGAGAUAUAUACACAUAUUAUUGGAAAGUUGAGCAACUAACCAGUAUACUAGCAAAAUGGAACAUGUACAUUGUUAGUCCAUACAUGCUAGUUUUAGGUCAUACACUUCACAUACAAUUUUAUCCUCAUUAUAUGGGAACUAAUAAUGUUGCAAUCCAAUUAAGACCUGAAAGUAAUAGCUUCGUUAAGGAACACAAAAUAUUUAUAAUGGACCAGCUUGGACAUGACCAUAUAAUUUCAGGGAUACUGGGUAAAAUUACGCCUACACUUGAAAUGUAUACUGUGUCAGCAUCCACACUGACCGAAGAAAAGUACUCCUAUAAAAACCGCUUAAUAAUAAAAUUAGAAAUAUAUUUAAAUUCAUAGAUCUUGUUACAUAAAUAUACCUACAUACUUACAUUUA